GAACCCACAAAACUGACUUCUCUCUCUCUUUCUCUAUCCAUCUAUUGUCCACAUAUACUUGCAUUUUUUAUAUUUCCAUAUCCUCCUUAUAUAUCGCUAAUACCUUAUUACAUCAUAGGACCUUACGAAGCAAACAAUCUCUCUUUUGUUUGGAAGAGAGAGAGAGCCAGAGCAGAAUAAGAGAGAGAGAGAGAGAGAGAGAGAGAGAGAGAGAGAGAGAGGUUUGCUUUAUUACACACACAUCCGUUUAAAAAUGCCAACGUCGAUACAGUUUCGGAGAUAUUCCACGGCCGUAGAAGCAGCCAACGCCACCGUCAGCACCUAUCAUCGACACCACCACCACAAACAGCUUCAGAAAGUGAGCCUCACGCGUGGGAUGGCUGAUGUGCCGGAUCACGUGGAGCUUUCCCACACGCACGUGGUGGGUUCGUCCCAGUGCUUCUCCGUUGUGGUGCAGGACGUGGACGCUCCGUCUUCCGCCGUGUGGUCGAUACUUAGUCGCUUCGAACACCCUCGAGCGUACAAACACUUUGUUAGGAGCUGCGACGUAGCUGUCGGAGACGGUCGAGAGGCUGGCUCCGUGAGGGAGGUCCGAGUCGUCUCUGGUCUCCCCGCAACGUUCAGCUUAGAGCGACUUGAGAUCAUGGACGAGGAUCACCACAUCAUGAGUUUCAGCGUCGUGGGUGGAGACCACAGGCUUCAGAACUACAGAUCGGUGACGACGGUGCACGAGUUGGCGGACGAUAAUAAGAAGACACGUGUCGUAGAAUCAUACGUCGUUGACGUACCAGCGGGUAACGAUAAGGAAGAGACUUGUAGCUUCGCCGAUACCAUCGUUCGUUGCAACUUGCAGUCGUUGGCUAAACGUUUGUUUCGAUGAUACUUUAGUUUACCUUUAAAAUCAUUUCUUCUUGAACUCUUUUUGUAUAUAUAAAUCUCGUAGCUUUAAAAUAAACAGGACAUUGUUUGUUUAGGUUCUUAAUUUCCAUAAUAUUCCUCGUGCGCAGUUACGCUACAUAUGUAUGAUCUUUGGUUAAUCAUUGAACAGUAUAAUGAAUCAGCUAAUGAGUGUUGUUUCUAUA